AUCACUGACUAAAAUCAGGACAAAGUCAUGCUGACUAUUCUUCUAAUCACAGCUAUGCUUGGCCAAGGCCAGUCAUGGGACAGCCUUGGGCUAGACUUCGUCACAGCAUUUCCAGAGAACAUCGCCUUUUACUAUCCAGUUAAUCCAGUGAAUACUCUCAAAAUCACCGCUGUCUAUGCCGACACCACGGUGACAGUCUCCAUCUCAGACAGUACCUGGUCAUACGAGGACACACUGCCAGCAGGAAAGCCUGUAAUUGUGACCCUGCCACAAGGUAUUGAGAAAUACAAUUUCGUUCAAACUCUUCAGACCGUCAAAAUCGAAGGCACGGACCCCAUCGUGGUGCAGUCCGUCAGUCAGCGAGGAGAUAGUGUACAAACCAAUGUCGUUCAGCCUCUGAAAAACCUCGGUACGUUUUAUUCCAUGCCUAGACUGAAUUACACGAACAUGAUUAAUACUCUCUUUGGUUCGGAAAGAAAUGUCAGCAAGAGAUGCAGCUCCUUCAGGCUGGUCAUUAUCAAUGGAGUAGAUAUGGGUAAUUUAAUCACAAUUGUAAAAAAGCCUAAAAACAUUAUUUUCAGUCUCGAUCCGUACGCCGUACUUCAGCUCCAAACCGACGGGACAGAAUUCGCGGUUCACUCUGAUUAUAAAGUAGCUGUGAUGCUGACCCAUCCAUGUGUAGAGUUCUCAUUAUGCAGAUGCAACAUGGUGGUGAACCAACUUUAUCCCGACACUCAGUGGGAUAGCAGAUUCGCUGCACCCGGAUUACUGAACGUUCGGCUACAUCUGACGUCCUCAACGGAUAUCGUUGCCAGUGGCGGGAAUAUACAAUCGGGUACUUUUGAAGCCCAUUCCUCAAAACUCCUGUCUCUCCCAUCUCCCAUAGGAUCUCAGUUCAUCAACACUUCCGAUCCUGCUUCCCUCAGGCUUGUCGGCCUAGGCUUCAUCAUUGAACUGAUCCCGCUAUCCAGGUUCUCUGCGUGCUACCUAGUGCCUGUCAACUCGACAGGUGCCAUGGUCAUCGUGAUAGCAGAAACGGAAUACAGGGAUAGUGUGUAUAUAGAUGAUGGUUUGCUUUCAUCCACUACAUGGAGCACUAUCCGCAAUUCAGAGUACUCGUCUGUAUUAGUGCCUCUUGAUGCCACGCAUGUCAUUUGGCAUCCGUCCACAAAGAUUGCCGUGUAUGUGUUUGAGGACACCACAAAUAUAUAUGGAGGCCCAGCUAUAUCUUUAAGCGCAAACCCUGACCCCGCUGGCUGUCUAGUGGUCCCUUCUAAGCUCAACAUCGUCUCAACACCUCAAACCUGGCCUGAAUCCCAUCAAUACUGUAUGCUCAAAAGGGGCGAGCUUUUCAGUCCGGGCAAUGAAACGGAGCAAAUGGAGAUGGCCGACUUUUUGAAUAGUGAAGGUUUGAAUGAGAGGCUCUGGAUCGGACUGCGCCGUAGUCUGCUGACUUUAGAGUGGUAUCGGCAGAAGGGUAAGGAAGUCCACAAUAUGGCACACACGUGGUGGGGAACCGGGGAGCCACGUGUUGCUGCGGACGGCAUGUGCGCUUCGCUAUUCCCAAAUCCACUCAUGGGUUUCCAUUGGAAAAGUAUGCCCUGCUGUGCUCAGUUGAAGUCUAUCUGCUUCACAAAUGCUCAUUACUUUACUCUGGAUUUACCCUCAAAUAAUAAAGCCAAUAAUUCUAAUAUUAAUGGUAAAGAAAAUGGAAAUCCAUUGUAAAAACUGGCCAGCACAAAAACAAAAUACAAAAUAUUUAAGGAACAAAUCAGUGACAUCUCAAGAUAACAUUUUUGUUUCUUUAUAUUUUACAAUUCAUGGCAUUAAAUGACAUAUUGGUAAUAUACAAACCUACUUAAACUUCCAAAAUAGUUUUGUUAUGCUAGUAACUAAAAAAAAAAAGAAGAUUAUAGAUGCUAGAUCUAAUAUUGGUAGACAUUAAGUUAUUUUGUCACAAAUACCUCAAGGAAGUUCCCACUGCAUUUUUGACCGUGAAUAUAUGUAGAUAUGAUGUACAAUGUUCACACUUUAUCUAUAGGAACAUGAAUUAUAUGUUUAUAUGUAUACUGUAUAACAGAUUUCAAGGUAGAAAGUUGACAUGAAACAUUAGUUAUGAUAGUGUUCCCAAUUUUAAGUGAAAGUGCUUCUCCAAAAAGAAAAAAGUAAGGCGGGGCUUGAUUUUGUCCAUGGGGAAUUGAUUGGAUGGUUGUGGUUUGCUAUUGCCGUGAUCUCAUUUGAGUGACAGGUUGCCCUGCCCUGUAAACUGAUUUCAUUGUGACUUUAAAAUCCAUCUCCACAUAACAUCAUCAUGUUUGUAUGUCAUAUUUGUAUACAUGUCUAGGAAGUUGUAAUAUUCCAAUAAACAAGCAUCCAGACCUCAAA